AUGCAAUUUCAUGUGUCAACUGGUUUAAACCUCACGAUAGCCCAUAGUGUUGAUACUGUUAUCACCCUCAUUUCACAGGCGAUGAAACCAGGUCCCCGCGAGGUUGAGUCACCAGCCAAGGUCGCACAGCUCAGAAGCAGCAGUCUGUCGGUGGACUUCGAUUUUCUGUUUUCAGCAUGCGGAGGGGGGCGGGGCGGCAGCUGCGAAGGAAGCUGCCGGGGAACUAAGCUUGGAGAGAGAGGAAGGAGGAAGGAACUGCCGAGAAUACAAAGCCAGCGAAGAGGGAAAGGGAUGGGGAAUCUCCCCACCCCAACCCAGGUCGCGGAUGAAGGUGCCUGCGCACCUGGGUACCUCGGGAUCCGGAAAGGCCGGAGAUGGGGACCAGUGUCUGCCCUGGGGGCUCCGCAGCUGCGGGGUGAGGCUCCUGGGGAUGAGCACAGACUUACCAGUCCGGGCGCUCACCUGGUGGCCGGCUUGGAGGUGGCGGCGGUGGUUUACCAAACCUUCCUGGGUCCCCUUUCCUUCGCUCCACCCUUGGUGGGGGGCGUGUGGGCGUGGGGCGCCUGGGACCGGCCAGACCAGUGGGACGCAGGGCCCCAGCUGUCUGGGGAGGCUGUCACCUGGAGAAGGCAGGCUCUUCCGGGGCUGGGACAGCUGUGGGCGGUGGGAUGGCUCAUAAAUACCACCAUCACACUGGUUCCCCGAGACGCGCGCGUGCUGGGAGCUGGCGUCCCAGAGGGUGAGCCGGGGACCGGAGGGAAUCCCCAGCCCCAGGUCCCGGUCCCCGGAUUGACAGUCCCCACCAGCUUCUGCGCUGGCAGGGAGGUCCUCCACAAGCAGGAGAUCCGAACUGGAGCGGGAGGGGAAGGGCUGGGGAGAAGGAGGGUGGGUAUGCAAGCGCAGGGCCCGGAAAUAGGGAGAAAUUGGGGUCACUAA